UUCCAUCAACCCUUCAAUUCAAAACAAGUAGGAAGAGAGAGAAGAACAAGAAUAGAGAAAAAUGGAGAGUUUUUUCUCAAAAACAUCUACUGUCCUACUAGUAUGUCUCUUGUUUACUGCUUGUUUGGAUGCUGAGGGUCAAGGUUGUAGCCCAAGUGGUAAAAUAAUGGGAAAGAAACCACCUCCAGGCCAAUGCAAUCAGGAGAAUCACUCAGAUUGCUGUGUCCAAGGCAAAAUGUAUAAAACGUACAAGUGUUCUCCAGCAGUUUCUGGCCAAACCAAGGCAACACUUACUAUUAACAGUUUUCAGAAAGGCGGAGAUGGUGGCGGUCCAAGUGAAUGUGAUGGUAAAUAUCACUCCAAUGACUUGCCAGUUGUGGCAUUAUCGACUGGAUGGUACAAAGGAGGAAGUCGGUGUCACAACAACAUCACCAUUAGUGCUAAUGGGCGAAGUGUGGUGGCCAUGGUGGUUGAUGAGUGUGACUCAACUAUGGGAUGCGAUGAAGUCCAUGAUUAUCAGCCCCCAUGUCCUAACAACAUCGUUGAUGCUUCGAAAGCUGUGUGGAAAGCCUUGGGUAUUCCUCAAGAUAACUGGGGUGGCUUGGAUAUAACUUGGUCCGAUGCUUAGUUUCAAACAUUGGCUUGUGACAUAAUGAGUAUUUAUGUGUAAUAUUAUCCUCUUUGUAUUAGUAGUUGUUUUUUUGUUGUUUGUUUUCCUAGUACUAUGAAUGAAGUCUAAGAGUUGUGUCUUGUAUGAUAUGUAUUACAAAUAUUAAUAUAAAAAGUUUCUCUAGCAAAGUUUA